AUGUAUUUUAUAGAGGCUGCUCCACUUACAUGUUUGAGUCUGAGGUGGUACCUCUCAGAUUCAAACUUAGUCUCACUCUGCGUGAAGCCAGACAGGAGCGACAACAACAACACCCACGACAAUAACGACGACGAGGACAAUGACAACGGCAACAGCAACGACAACGACAACAACGACGAGAACGACAGCGACAACGACGACAAUGAAAACGACGACAAUAAAAAUAACGACGACAACGACAACAGUGACAAAAACGACAACUACGACAACAACGACGACGACGACAACAGCGCUGCUAAAGCGCCCAAGCAAUCUGUUCAGCCAGCACCGAUUCCCGUUGCUCAAGCCGUUUCGCGUGAAGCAGUCGUUGCUGGACGAAAGGCAGGUGUUAACCCAAAAUGCCUGUGGGCUUCACAUUUUGAGAGAUAA